AUGGAAACAGAAUUGUAUCCCGAAUUGGAUCUGUUGUUCAACUUUGAAAAAAGUGAUGUUAUAUUUGUCAUCAAUGGUCAGAAAAUACCAGCAAUUAUUGCUCUAAUGUCAGCCAAGAGUGUUGUGUUUCGGGCAAUGUUUUCAGGAAACUGGAGGGAAUCGGACGCAAAUCAGAUUGAAAUCAGAGACACCACUCCCGAGGCAUUCAAAGUGAUGGUAGGCUUCAUAUAUAUGGAGCGAUUGAUGUUUAGCGAAGACAAUGAUUUGGUGCACAUUCAGGAUGUUCUUAAAAUCGCCGACAGAUAUCAAUUGAAACGAUUGAUAACAAGUGUUGGACAAUACCUCAAGUCAAUGAUUUCGAUGGACAAUAUCCAAGAGUUAAUCCAAUUGGCGAACGCCUAUCAGUUAAACGAAGUGAUCGGCGAUAUGAAGAAAUUUGUGGACAACAAUUUCGACCGAUUGAUGGCCAAACCAGAAACAGAAAGAGGUGUCAUCAAUAUUGGACUAAAUAACUAUUUGUUUGACAAGUUGUCUGCUAAAUACCGACCAAACAAUCAACCAAAUCAGUCGAAUUGGAUAACAUUUCGGAAUCAAUCGGAAAAUUAUAGUUUCAUUAUUUAG